AUGGCAAGAAGGAGUAGAGGCAGAGCAAGAUCACAUAGAUCUGGUAGAUCAAAGGCAAGAUGCAGUAAAUCGUCAACAGGACGAAAGUGUAAAAGCACAUCGUCCUUUGGCUCGAAAAGAACUAAAAGCUUUGGAACAGGGAGAAGUAUUUUAGGUAGAAGACGUACUCAAAAAAGAAGCGGAGCUAAAAGUGGUGAUUUCCCUAAACCACAAUAUAGAAAAGAGAAAUCAUUAGUAAAGGCUUAUAUUAUUUGGUUUUUUACCGGUAUUUUCGGAUUCCAUAGAUUGUAUUUAGAAGACUAUGAAUUCUUCUUUAUCUUUUUAAUUUCUGCUGGAAUUUUUGGUGUGGGCUUUAUUGUGGAUUUGUUUUAUUUACCUACAUUGGUUAGAAGAUAUAAUGAAAAUGUUAAAAAACAAAAAGAUAUCAUUUCACAAAACCUAGAAACUGCAAAUACCCAACAACAACAACAAGCAGAGGUCGAAAUAAUGAGUUUAGAAAUUGCAUUACAAAAUAAACAAUUAGAAGCAACAACAACAACUACAACUACAACAAACUACAUACCGCCCAUAGGACCACCAUUGCUAUAUAAAGAAUAUCCCCCACCAACCCAACCACCAACUGAUAAUAAUCGAUUAGAGAUUAUUCCUAUAGAUUGCAGUGGCGAUAAUCACCAUCCUGAUUAUACAUACCAAAAUAAUGCAAAUAAUAUCGAAAUGGAUUCAUUUGUUCCCAAUACAAAAAACUAUAAUGAUUAA